AGCAAAUACUAUAUACGACGUAUAUAGUAUUUGUUAUUACCUAUUGUGUUGUAAUGUAUACUUUUUAUUUUUACCAUGUUUCUUGUACUUAUUGUUCUGCACCAAACUCAACGCCUACGUCCUAUACAAUUUUUCGUGAAAACGAUGCGAUAUUAUUGUUCAAUACGUAUACACCAGCUGCGGCACGUCGGCGGCGGCGGCGACACAGCAAACAUCAGCUCCAACUGGUGACAACAGACAUCCGCGAACAAGAAGAGUUUUCGUCAAGCGAGUGGGAAUUCUUAUUCUGAAUAGAGCAUAAAACCAAAAGGUCUAACAAUGAUUGUGACAAUGGUGACUUGGGUUUAUCCACGGCUUCAACCAAAAAAUCUAUCGCCAUUAUUAUCAGGAAAUUUUAUCAUUAAAAAUAAAUGCAGCAGCCGCUUCUUCAUUGAGUAAAAAAGAAGACAUAAGUAUAGCAAAAUACAUUAUAAAGAAUAAUCAUGUAUUUAAUGUAUCCGGUACAUUGAUGUGGAAAAAGAUGGAAAUGGAUAAUGUUUGUAGAGUUUGUACGUGCCAAUCAAUGAAAGAGAGAUAUAUAAAGCAUAUAAAAUAUGAUAUUGCUAAAAACCAUGAAGAAAGAUAUCCAUUUAAAUCAAUCCAAUUAAAUCAAAAGUCAUGAAACUAUUGCUACAUGGAAAAAUGUCUGCCGAUGAAGAAGCAUCCAAAUCAUUACCUUCAAAUUCUAAAACCAUUGCAGUGUCAACUGAACAGAAUAAAGAAGGUGCUGUCAAUACCAAUGCCGGUGCAUUAAAAGUUACUGAUGAAAAAGCUCCAGCUGCUAAUGAAUACAUUUGUCUACACAUAAUAACUAGCGAUUUUACCAAUGAGGUGCGCUUCCGUGUAAAGGCUGGCUCGGCUUUUAUUCGCCUGAAACGCUCGUACUGCAGCAAGAUGGGUUUUGAGGUGGACCAGGUGCGUUUUAUGUUUGAUGGUUAUCGAAUCACCGAUGAUGAUACUGCAUUAAAGCUAGGUAUGACGGACAACGAUAUCGUUGAAAUUUACCAAGAAAAAACUGGUGGUGGCAUGUAAUUGUUUGUAAGCAUAAGUUAAUCGUUCUGACCGACAAUUAUUUGUUUUUAAUCAUAAUUCUUAAUGUAUUGUAAAUGAAAAUUAAAGUUUUUUAAUUGAUUGUCCUUUAUCUACAUCUGUAGUUAAUUUAAAUGACCAUCGGUUAUUAAACAGUGUCAUGUUUAACUGAAGUUUAAAACAAUUUCUAAUUAAUAAAUUAAAGAAUGUAAAUUAAACAAAUUGUCAAAAACCACAUUUUAUUUUUCAUUAUUUUUUAUGUAUCCAAGAUAAAUAUACCUGAACUAAUAAUUUGUUAUAAAUACAUACGAUAAAAAUAAAUUAUAUGAUUAAAUAAAUU